AUGGAUGCGUGAUCUACGCAGUCCAGCGAAGGACAUCGGACGGCGAUGGUCGACCACAUCCGUUCUGUUAAGAUUUUUUUGGUAAAGUGUCCGUAAUGUGGAAGGAUCGCUCGUCGACAUGGAUCAAAAAUCAUUGGCAAUCACUUAUCUUCUCUUCGUCUGGAUCAUCUGUGAAGUUUCAUCCAAAGGUUGCAACAAAACAAUUCGUACAACGAGGGCCGUGAGAAGUCCAAAGCUAACUCGAGCCAAUAAGAACAAACCAAUUACAUGUGUCUACCACUUCUUAGGCUAUGGGGAUAAACGGUCUCUUAACCUGUUCGAACUCAAUAUCCGUUCCUUUCAAGUCGGCAAAUUAGUUAAUGGAACGACCUGUACUAAUGGUUACCUGCAGAUUGUGGAUCAUCGUUUGAGAAUCGAAAAUUCUGGCUUCAUCUGUGGUAAAAUUCGACGUAGCAGAACAUUAUUAGUAGAGAGUGAGUCCGUUACAUUAAUCUUUCACACGGAUUAUUUUACAAGAAGAACGUUUUUUAAAGCUCAAAGUUCGGUUCUGCCUCAACCUCUUGCUAGAGAGCGUCAUAAAGAACUGGCCGCUAAAAACCCUGGUAAUCUGAUUCAAGGUACUUAUUGCGAUAGGACUUACGUUAACUGUAUCGGAUUCUGUGACGUCAUGAGCCCCGGUUAUCCGGGUGUUUACCCUCGAAAUCUCACCUGUCGAUAUAAAGUUAUUUUCAAUUCGACCGACGUUAGAGUGACAAUAGGAGGACAAUAUUUCGAUAAAUUCGAUGUUUGGGGUGCACCCGGUUUCGUGGGACAUCGGAUAGUGACGUAUUGUCCUUACGACUACAUCAGAAUUCAAGAUGGUCUCAAUCCUAACAGUCCUACGGUGGGGAGAUUUUGCGGCCACGGAACUCUACCUAGAAUCGUGUUAAAAAACCCGGCCAUGCUGCUCGAUUUUGUUGCAUCUCCCGCUGGCAGCCUGCUAAACGACGGUUUCUAUCUUUCCGUAGGAUUUGAAAGGCGUUUGCAAGAAAAUUCGGGAGAACAAAUCAGCGAAAACAGUUUUCAAUGGACAUUCGAAAGCACCGACAAACCCCAUGGUUAUUUUUAUAGUCUGAGACAUUGGUAUCCAGCGAGAACUAAAUGCGUAUACAGGUUUUUAGGUAGACACGGAGAAAGAGUUUGGAUUAACUUCCAGGGAUUUAAUAUUAGAAGGGGCUACAGAUGUAGGGAUAAGCUAUUGAUUUUCGAUGCCUCCUGGCCAGAUACUUCGAGGUUAAUAGGUGGUUUCUGCGGUCACACUCGCCCGAACGAAACUAUGAUGUCGAGUGGGGAAAGUCUUUUCAUCCAAUUCGAAAGUAUAGAUGGCUCUUACGAUGGAUCUCAAUUCGAAUAUUCCGCAUAUUACAUGUUCGUAAACAGCACACCCGCUAGAAGUGUCGUGCCGGAUACGGAGUGUGAUCAAGUGUUUUCCAGUUCGUCCUCUACCUCGGGAACAUUCGAUAUUUUACCGAAUCGUCUUCAACUUCGAAGGCGUCAACUCAAGUGUCAGCUGCUAUUUAUAGGAAGACCAACGGAACAGGUGAGAAUAAUUCUGGAAGAGAUGCGCUUCGAUCCGGUAAAACAAUGCGUAAGGGUGGAGAAAAUCCGUUGCGCCGAUACCCAAGUCGAUCCUCUGGAUCAUCUUGUCAUCCUUGAAGAUGAUAGAAUACUGGAUUGCCUGUGCAGCGACCCACCAAAGAGGGUUGAAGUGGUAAGUAGCGGUUCGAUGAUAACCGCUCUCCUACGGCUUCACAACAUCCACUAUUUAGCUCACAGAGAGACAUCUAGUUUCAUAUUUCGGGGAAAGUACGAAUUUCUACAAGUGGGAUGCGGACAGAGCAUCUUAUGGGGGCGUCAAGGAAGAAUAGAUUUCCCAGUUUAUCCCGACAGACUGCAAGAAAUCAUCCAAUGUAAGUGGACGAUAGAAACAUCACGCGACACACACAUCCUCGUCAAAUUUCCUCGUUUAAGAUUACAAAACAACUGCAAUGAAACUAUGAUAAAGAUAUAUGCAAUAGGUCAAAAGUCACCUUAUGAGAAAAUAUGCGAUAGCUCCGAAACUCAGGAAAUACUACCUCCGGGAUGGGAUUCGCCUACUGUCUCCUCUUCGGGACACAAGAUUAUCAUCGAACUAACUUCGUACAUAAAAAAUAUAAGUUUUAGCCUUCGAUGGACCGAAAUUCGUAGAUUUGAAGGCGAUAACCAGUGUGAUUAUGUGUGUAGAGAUAACCUAACAUGUUUAUCCAGCAGUCUAUUGUGCAACGGUAUCAUCAAUUGUCCAGAGAAAGGUUACAUAGCUAAUCCACUGGAUGAAAGUCCUUCAAACUGUAAACCGUUGGAUCUGUUUGUUUACUAUCUUCCCGCUUCAAUAGCCCUUAUACUUUCACUUUUUACUACCAGUUUCAUCUUCUUUUAUUUGUGGAAGAAGAAAGAAACACCUACACCCAGACCAAAAUAAGAAUUAAAAAGGUGAUAAAUUUUAUACAUAUAUAUUCUCUUCCGAGCUUCACAAUUAACACAAUAUUCACACAGCAAAUAAAAAUUAAAUAAAAAUAAUAAAUAAUUUC